AUGUAUUCCUUCCACCUGAGGCAUAUUCUGAACAUAAAAUUCUUGAUCGUCGCUGGAUUUGUUUCCCUGUUGGUUACAUUCUUGUUGUUAAUGUUCAGUGAUGACUUACACCAUAAUGGGAAGCAGUCCACUCACAAGAAGCUGCUCGUUCCUAUCAACAAGCUGAAGCCGGCCGAGGAUGAUACAAAAAUGUUUCAUUGGAUGAAGGAUGAUGAGGCGAGGAUGAGAGUAGGAGACAAUGCUUCCGUAAAGGACUCAGAAGAAAUAAACAAGGGACAUUUGUUGUUUCAAAAAGAUACGAGGCCUCCGCUGACAGUGGCAAGAAUUGCUAAGUACUGUAAUGCUCCUUACAGUCAGGAACUAGGAAAUGAAGGACUGGUACCAGAAGAUUACAAACUCUUAGGCGUUCACGUGGUGAUCCGACAUGGAGACCGGUCUCCCAUCAGCCGACUGCCUAACACAGCUGUCGGUGGGCCCAGUUGUCUCAUAGACACAUCCCAGCAUGCUCACCUUCCGAAAGUCACAAACUUUAUUAGUGAGAUGGCAGCCUCCUCGCAGAACACUCUGAAAAACACCAGAUUCCAUAGAUGGGCACUGUAUCCUUCACAUCCUAAAUGUGCUGAUGGCCAGCUAACAGGACGUGGGGCCUUGCAACAUAUUAUUUAUGGAAUGCACUACAGUGAGCGAUAUUUUCAAAAACACAAAUUGUUUCAUGAGACAAACUGGCAUAAGGAAGUCAUUGUUCACACCACAGAGGUACCUAGAACAUUCCAAAGUGCUAUCGCAUUUUUGUAUGGACUUUUACCAAACUUUGACUUAGAGAAAAUAAAUUUGAAAUCUUCGAGUAAUAUUAAUUUCUGUGAAGAGAGUGUAUUUCAUUCAGCCUGUUCCUGCGCAGGUCUUGACAUGUUCCGGAAUAAAGCUGUCAAAGAAUGCCGGUUGGAUGCGGGAUACACUGAGAUUAUGAAAAAAUACGAAGGUGCCCAAAGCUACAUCAAGAUUGUUUUGAAUUUGCAGACGAAGGAUUUACCAUAUGCCGCAGCUCUCAUGGACGGUUUGAGCAGCUACGCUUGUCACAACACACAGGCUCCUUGCAACACUCAAGGCAAGUGCAUCACGGCUAAAAUUGUUGAAUCCAUUUGGGAAUCUGUGGACUACCAGAGCAUCUGCUUCCACAGAAACAAAAACUACAAAAAAUACGCUCAAGCCAACACUCACGGAUUAUUGUACCGUAUAGCUAAAAGUAUGAAUAGUGCUGCCUUUAAUGGCACUGUCCAAAAAUUCCAUUUGUACUCAGGACACGACACAACAAUUUCUCCGCUGAUCACAGCCUUGGAACUUGAUGAUGCUGUCUGGCCAGGUUAUGCUUCCAGAUUGACCUUUGAGCUGUACCAGCGACAGAGCACUGGCGAACAUUUUAUACGUGUUUUACAAAAUGGCAAGGUUGUCACCUCACAGGUUGUGUUUUGCAGGCAUAAGGCGGAAGGGGAUUUUUGUAAAUUUAGUUAUUUUUACACCUAUGUCUCAGAUUUGAAUUUACAGGAGUUUUGUAACUCUGUAAAGUUUACUUCCAUGCUUACACGGUGA